CUCGCCAUUGGUCGGCUACUACCACGUGAACAGCCCACGAUGGAGGUUCACGACGUCGGCUAGGGACCCACGAUCGCACAGUCAGCUGCCUAAGGUCCAGUUGGCCAGUCGCAGCCAGCAAAAGUUCUUCUCAAGGCAGACGGGUGUAGCAGCCAAAUACCACGAUGGCGGACGAUGAGAGGAAACGUCUCGAGGAUGAAAAGAAGAGGAAACAGGCGGAGACCGACAGAAAGAGGGCGGAGGUCCGCGCCCGCCUCGAAGAGGCUUCCAAAGCCAAGAAGGCGAAGAAGGGUUUCAUGACCCCUGACAGGAAGAAGAAGCUUAGGCUGUUGCUGCGUAAGAAAGCCGCGGAGGAAUUGAAGAAGGAACAAGAGAGAAAAGCGGCUGAGAGGAGGCGCAUCAUCGAGGAGCGUUGCGGAAAGCCGAAGAACGUCGACGACGCUAGCGAAGCCGAGCUCCAGACGAUCUGUUCGGCAUAUUGGAACAGACUAUACGCGCUCGAGGGCGAUAAGUUUGACCUCGAGAGGCAAAUUAGGUUGAAAGAAUUCGAGAUCGCGGACUUGAACAGCCAGGUGAACGACCUUCGAGGUAAAUUCAUGAAACCCACGCUGAAGAAGGUGUCCAAGUACGAGAACAAGUUCGCCAAGCUCCAGAAGAAGGCGGCCGAGUUCAACUUCCGCAACCAGCUUAAGCAGGUUAAGAAGAAGGAGUUCACCCUCGAGGAAGAGGACAAAGAGAACGCGUCAAAAGAUAAGUUGCAGAAGAAACCCGACUGGUCGAAGAAAGGCGAGGAAAAGAAGGAAGAGCCAGCUCCUGAACCGACACCGGAACCCGCACCUCCGACACCGUCGCCACAGCCGGAGCCAACGCCAUCACCGACACCUGCGCCACCGCCAGAAGCAGCGCCGACGCCAUCGCCAGAACCAGCACCAGCACCUCCAGCAGAGGCUGCACCCCCAGCGGCACCAGCCGAGGGUGCUCCACCUGCCGAAGGCGCGCCAGCACCCCCUGCAGGUGCACCUGCACCAGCGGAGGGAGCCCCAGCAGCAGCACCGCCACCAGCCGAAGGUGCAGCACCAGCUCCUGCAGAGGGCGCGCCAGCUGCAGCUGCGCCAGCCGAGGGUGCCCCAGCUGCACCCCCAGCAGAGGCUGCGCCGGCACCAGCACCCGAAGCUAAGGUAGUACACUUACUUUUGAAAGUUACAAUGAACGUGAAGGCCAAUCGUCCGAUAAGUGGUUCGAAGUUCAUCACGUACGCGCCGGCAUCGUAACUUCGUCGAAGUUGGAACGGACGAAGGGUCACCUCGCUAUAUUUCCACUCGUUACAUCGUCAGAAUUUGCAUAAAACGUACAUGGAUAAGCAUAGAGUACGGAUACACAGAUGCGUCGAGUCAUAUCAUUCUCGGCGCGAUGGUUCAUGCGUUGCUUGUCAGCGUCGUCAUCAUCGUCAUCAUCAUCGUCAUCGUAGCCAUUGUUUUCGUCAUGCACACGCGUCAGCUUCAACGUCAUGGCAUGCGUCAUGCGUAUCAUCCCGAGGAACGAAAGCGAGUCGGAACGGAAAAACAGGGACGCUUGUCGUUCACGUGUUUUCCGUCGUCCCAUCGCGGAUUUUACGACACCCUGUCACACGAAGUAAUCAAGAAAUCAUCACUGGGCAAUUUUUCGCUCGUUUCACCCGAUCCUAGGACAAAAGUAUAAGCCGCGUUGCUAUUCUGAGGAAGGUCCUUUGUUGUUUGUGAUUAGAAGCGUUACGUCACGCUCGUGAUCCUACGGAUUUUUCUGUCGACCGAAAUCGAACGAGACUAACACGAAGUAAACAAGCAGCACAUACGCAACAUUUUUAUGUAAAUAAUUUAACGACGCGUUCUAUCAAUGAAGAUCAAUGCAGACGUCAUCGACACGCUUCCAUACACGAAAC